ACAAACUGCAAGAGAGAGAGAGAGAGAGCGCGAGCGAGCACAAGCACUGAGGACUGUGUCGGACUUUCUGCGGGAUUUUUUGUUUAUUUUUUGUUUUUGUAUAGUUUAUAUAAAUUUUUUACAUUUUAGAGUUUAGUGAUUAUAUAAGUUUUAGAUUUUUAAUAACGUGUUUAUUUUAUUUGUGCUAGUUUUGCUAACAGAUAAGAGAGAGAGAGAGAGAAAAGAAAAGCUAAAUCAAAGUCAGGUCUGCAUUUCGGCUGUUAGUCAGUUAGAGGGUUUUCACUUCCUUACACUGUGAGAUAUACACAGUGAUCUAUUACAACAUUUUGGAAGCGUUUUGUUUUUUUAUUUUGCUAAACUCCAGCCUCCUUUUAUAAACAAUAUGACCGCCGUGCUGAACAUCCAGAGGUUACUGGAAGCUGCUGAGUAUUUAGAGAGAAGAGAAAGAGAGUGCGAACAUGGCUACGCCUCGACGUUUCCGUCUAUUCAGAGCUCCAACAACUACCAGAGACAAAGAAAAUUCCGGAAUAAGAAGCACAGCAGCAACCACAACAGGUCAACACACAACGAGUUGGAGAAGAAUCGACGAGCCCACUUGCGUCUUUGUCUGGAACGAUUGAAGGCACUCAUCCCACUGGGACCCGACUGCAACCGUCACACUACGCUGGGCCUGCUUAACAAAGCCAAAGCACAUAUAAAGAAGCUGGAGGAGGCCGACCGGAAGUCUCGGAACCAGCUAGACAACCUGGCACGGAAGCAGAGACACCUCCGGAGGCAGCUGGACUCCCUUCGGGGGACGUGUAAGACUGAGAGGGUGCGCUCAGACAGCUUGGGCUCGACCCCGUGCUCUGACCACUCCGAUCGCUCCGACUCGGACCAAGAGGAGAUCGAGGUGGACGUCGAGAGCACCGAGUUCUCCCAUGGAGAGCUGGAUAGCGUGAGCACGGCCAGCACCAGCGACCUGGACGACCACAGCAGCCUGCAGAGCCUGGCUAGCGACGAGGGCUACUCCUCCUGCAGUGUCAAGAUCGCCUUCAGCUCAUAGACACGCGCACACGUGCAGUCCAGGCAACAGCAACCACUCCACCGCACCCCACCGUCCUCUCCACUGUACCACCACCCAACCCCUGUCAGAACCCCACAGGUGACCAGAGCACAAGCCAGUCAGAGCAGCGUUCUGAUUGGCUGAUUGAAUGUACACUGCCUUUAAUGGCGCUCUCUCACUCUCUCUCUCUCUCUCUCUCAUUCUUCAAACACAGAAACGCGUUUUUGCCUUUUAGUAUCAGUUUCAUCAAUUUGAUUUCUUUCCCGCGAUCUGUCCUCGUGAUCUGGUUACCUGUCGGGACGUUCUGAAGCACUGCGACUGAAACAGUGCAAGCGCGUACGAUCCGAAGGUCCUCCGCGGCUCUGCAUAUCGAGAUCAGCCGCGAGCGAAAAAGGCUAAGGCAUGAACUCUGUGUUCCGAACGGUGCUACGUGAAAAGAACCCGACGAAAGCGUCUCGUCACGGGAACAGGUCGACCUUCUCCCGAAGUCUUUUCUACGGUGCAUUUUAUGGUGCGUUUCUAAAGUCGGAAGCAGCCGAGCCGUGCUUCCAUCCAGCAGCUGCGACGUAGACAUCCCUCUUAGCGGUAACAAGCAAUAACUCCUCUAACUCCCACUCUUCUUUUCAUUCCCCUUGUUUUUUUUUUCCUCAAACACCGUCCAAAAGAGCAAAAUCCAACUAGCUUUUUUUUUUUUUUUUUUUUGUAUAUAAUACAUAAAUAGUUUAAUAAAUUAAGUAAAGGAGUUUAAAAAAAAACAACAACAAAAAAAACAAGCUAGAUACCUGUGGGUAGCCUCUGUUGCUGUUCGUCUUGUGUUUUAUUUUGUGCAUUUUAAAUUAUAUUUUUGGAAAGAUACACCUAUUCCUUCUCAGAUUGCUCUGACAGAGUGGCAUGGACAGUAUUACACUUCUGCUCAGUGACUUUAUUCAUCCACACACAAACACCCCCCCCCCCCCCCCCCCCCCAUGACCAAAACGGAAGGAAAAGAUUCUCACUGAUGGCUUCAGCAGCGGGACCCCCUGAGCGCCGGACCCGCGACACUCUUUUUAUUUAUUAGCUAACUAUCAUUUAUUCUAUCCGUGUGUGUGUGUGUGUGUGUGUUCCCCUGUUGAAGCUGAGAGGCAUUCCACCGGUGCUGAGCCCGAUUUCCCGCUCAACCGUCAUCAGCUGAUUUUAUUUAUCGAUAGAUUGAAGUCAUUUAUUUAUCCUUCUUUCCUGUUCCUGUUUUUUUUUCUUCUCCUCUCUCUCUCUCUGUAUUAAAUGUUUUUUAUUUGCAUAUUAUGUAACCAGUCCCGAGCCGUGUGUCCGAGUGCUCGACUGAACAUGGUGCUGCGUAUCUGACACCAGGCCAAACCGCUCUCUCUCUCUUUCUGUUUCUUAAAGACACGACUACCUUUUUUUGUUAUAAUUCAUUUCUUUUCCACCUACUUUUGGUUCUUACCCACCUUUUAAAUCUGCACUUAAAUCCAGGACCCAUUUCGAGAACUCUGUGCUUCCUGACACACCACACACACACACACACACACCUUCACAUACAAGCAGGUGACUCGUUAUCUGUUCGGCAGCAUCCCGUCUAAUCCCACAAUCUAAGUACUGCUGAUUGAUUUUGUUCUACUAUAUUAUAGAUUUAUAGCAAACACUGAUCCCGAAUCAGCUCUGGAUGGACUCGGGUGUAUUCUGGAUCACACCGAAGAGCAGGAAGAAUCUGAUCUGAGAUCAGCGCCCCUGCUCUUCCUGAUCGUAGUGGGAAUUUUCCUCUCACGUCUGCCGAGUAAUGAAGUCUUUAAGAACAUCACCUUAAACACUUGAUAAUCGUUACGCUCAUACCAAACCAGGCACUGAAGUCUUAGGUGGGAUUUGAACGCUUCCCACUGGUGUGUGUGUGUGUGUGUGUGUGUGUGUGUGUGUGUGUGUGAUCAGAAAGCUCUAGUUAACAUGAAAUGGGUCCCAUAGAUAAAGCUAAUUACACCUGAGGUCCAGCUGAACUGUGGUUAUUCUUUGUCAAACAUGCACUCUGAUUUAAGCUGUAAGUCCAACCGCAAUACUUACAAUAAAACACCGAGAUUGUCCAAUCUGAAGACCAAAAAAAAUAAA